AUGUCAGAAUUAAGCCAGUUUUUAUUAUCCUCUGAUAUUCAUUUUUAUCGAGAUUAUGCAAUCCCAUUGAUCAAGCAAAACCCCCAACUGUUUGACCUGGAUGAAUUUGACUCCAUUCUACACGAAAACGAAUCAGUGCCAGCCGAGAGGACACUUCAAGAAGCCUAUCAUGAUUUCGAAUUGGAUAAAAAAGCCCAGUAUGAAAUGCAUCCACGAUUUGGCCGUUAUGUUUGGGACAUUGCUGACCAAUGGUAUCAGAAAUGGAACGUUGUGUUUUCGGUAGAGCAUAUGUGGAACUGGAUAAAGCACGGGGUCACACGAUCGUCGGCGCAAGAGUUAAUCACACAGGACCAUACCUUUGACGCCACUCAUAUUCAGGCAUGGCUACAGCGUAUCAUUAUGAGGUACAGUGUGCAUCCAGAUCACCAAAGCCUGCUGCAGGAUAUUUGUCGAUAUAUUGGAGAUUGGCAUCAGACAAACCGCACCUUGACAUUGCAAGGCAGAUUUCGGCUCAACACCAUUCCGUUAUUUCCACCCAAUUGGUUUGCCAACAAAUCAAGACAAAAUCGUAUGAACUGUGAAGGGUUAGCGCCCUCAUAUCUUGCAACAUUUGUGCCGCCUUACCGAUUGGGACAUCAAAUACCAGAGAGAUGGGAUCAAGUCUUUUUAAAGGGCUUAACUGUUGAUCCAAACCAUAAGUUCAAUCUGGAUCCAAUAUUGAUUGCAUCUGCUAUGCCUAUUUUGGGCCUGACUGUCCAUUUCGAUCCAGAUUCUGGCUGUAGCAAGUUGAUGUUGGUCAUGACCAAGGCGAAAUACGGCAACUUGGAAGAUCACAUUGAAAAGGAGACACCUACCAACUACCACAAAGUGUGCCAAUUAGCUCUCAGCAUCACCAAGGACAUCAAGGAUUUGCACUGGAAUUAUGUGCAUGGCAACAUUCAUCCACGCAAUAUAUUGUUGAACAAUGCAGAUUACGUCGGUGAAUUGGUAGACAUCACAUUUAUGCGUCGCAUUGACGACCCGUACACAUUCAACAAGACUUCAUGGGCUGGACGUUGGCCUUAUGUUGCACCAGAAGUCGUAUCCACGGGGUUAAGCACGUCAGCUGAUAUAUAUGCGCUGGGCAUCAUCUUGUGGCAGUUGAUUUCUCGCGUUACGUUUCCAGGAGAUGCACUCGUCGAUCCACAUAUUUAUCGUAUUGAACCUAUACCAGGCGUUGUCAAGGAAUGGGAAGACGUCUACAUAGAUUGCCUUCAUAUUGACCCUACCAAAAGACCCAAUGCCUAUACAGUAUAUCGAAGACUGAAUGAUCUUUGUGCCAAAUUACGAUUAGAUCAAAGACCCUUCCCAGAUGAAACACUCAACUACAUUCACUCAAGAAAGCAAGAGAUUCAGCAGUUUCUGACAAGUUCUAGAAAAUCAUCGCCCUUGUUACAGUCCUGUGCAUCUAUGGACGAUGAUGAUGCUACUUCGACCUCAUCCACGACGUCUUCCUUGUGUCAAGUAGGUAACCUGGUCUUAACGGCGUCUGUUACACGGCCAUCUCACCAGAGAUUGAAAAAUUAUCCUACUUUAAUCCAGAGUUUUCCCAAUUAUUUGUAA